GAUCCAAUGCAGUAGCUCAUUCCACAUUCUUCCGAGCCUCGCCGAAGCCCUCACGCCCUCUAUCUUCGACGAUGACUGCGCUAUCCGUUAACACCGGGGCCACGUACGGCACGGCCGAACCGGCGAAGCUCAUGAACUUCGAUGCGAGCCCGCGACGUCGAUUGUCGCAAUGGUACACCAACAUGUUCAUGAUCAACUUUGUCGAGUUCGCAGCCGAAUCCUCGCGCGGCGUCGUGUUGGCCACACUCUUCCUCUACACUUCAUCGUAGGCUUCGGAGCUGGCAACCGCAGCGUCUGUCGUGCUGACGUGGCCUCGAUCACGACUAUUAACCAGCGACUACCAUACUUGACGCUGCUGGCCACUGUUGUGUUCCUCGGUUAUGCUUUAACCCCGGGUCUUGGCAGCCUAGUGGCCAAUACGGACUCGUACUUGUUGGGCGUUCACUUCAACAAGUUCACGUCUCCAGGGAUGAUUUUGAUCGUGUUCAAUCUGCUGACCAUCAUCGGUAUGGUCACAGUAUAUGACGAGUCUGUUGGUGUCCACGAUGGACCCCUCGAGUCCCCGAGAACUGCAGCUACAAGUAACACGCUGAGUGAUCCGACGGCGAUGCCCGAACGCAUUGUGAACAUUGGUGCAGCCGUCUUCAUCUUCCUGAACUUCAACGCGCGUGGCAUCUUGUCCGUAUUCGAGACGGUGAACAUCCCCUUGUUCAUUGAGGCGACCGAUAGCGACCCUGAAAGCGUGAGUGCCGUGGUGGCUGCAUCCAAUUUCCAGUUCUACCUCGGACUACUGGGGCUACUGUCGUACUUUUCGAUUGAGCACUUCCGUCAUAGUCUCAGGGAUGUGAGCUGGGUGCAGCUCGGCUUUGCAACACUGUUAGCCGGCAAUGUACUGCUCAUUGUGGCGCCUACGCAGCUCUCUUUCCCACAGCUUGCGGUCGCUGAGUUCCUAGUGUGGAGCGUGGGUUGUCCGAUCACAACCGCUGUGGUGUUGGCAGCGUUCUCCAAGCUGCUAGGGGGUCGACCUCAAGGCACACUCAUGGGUCUGUUAGGCUCGGCGGCGUCAAUCUCUCGUAUUGUGCUCCCACUGCUUCCGGCGGCCAUUCCUACACUUACUCCGGUCUUCUGGAUCAACAUUGUGCUAUGUGCGAGUAGCAUGGCGCUGCUGUGGUGGUACAGCACACUGGUGCACAAGACGAAGAUGGCUAUGCUUGCUGACGUUGAGAACGCGUUCCGGAUCGUGUCACCUCCGAACGAUCCUCGUUCACCACUGGGAUCGGACAAGGCCGAUUUCCCGGACAAAUAACUGAUUCGAAGUACGUCAAUUCAUUCUUUCGACACGCAGCAUCUUAAACCCCUGCGACCGUAACACUGGGCAACUCGCUUGCUUAUACUUCACGACGUAAAUGUAGUCUUUCGUGUUAUUGCACAUGCCGUGAACAAAAUUGCUGUACGCACGCGUUCAAGCACCGUUGACUUGUGCGUACAGCAUUUUUCUCAAUCUCUCUAUUCCUCAACUUGUUUACAAUGUAG